AUGCCAUUUGGGUUGAAAAAUGCUGGGGCAACAUAUCAGAGGCUCAUCAACAGAGUCUUCGUCGAUUUGAUAGGGAAGAACAUUGAGGCCUAUGUGGAUGACAUGGUUGUAAAGAGUAAGAAGGUAGAGGAACACAUAUCCAACCUUGAGGAGGUGUUCGCCACCCUACGAAAAUAUAAGAUGAAGCUCAAACCAGAGAAGUGUGUAUUCAGCGUAGCUUCAGGAAAGUUUUUGGGUUUCAUGAUCACUCAUCGGGGGAUUGAGGCCAAACCUGACAAGAUUCAGGCUUUGGCAGCAAUGGAAUCACCAAGGACCAAGAAAGAGGUUCAAAAGUUGACAGGCAAGAUAGCCGCCUUAAACAGGUUCAUGUCUCGAGCAGCAGACAGGUGCUUCCCCUUCUUCAAAGCCCUUAGGGGUAAUCGUUGCUUUGAAUGGAAUGAGCAGUGCGAGAAGAAUGCAGUGAGUGGUGUCUUGGUGAAAGAGGUUAACAGGGGCCAGCAACCCAUUUAUUACAAACCAGACAUCUCAGGAAGACUACUGAGGUGGGCAAUUGAACUUGGAAAAUUUGACAUAGAAUUCAAGCCCCGUCCUUCUAUCAAAGCUCAGGCCUUAGCUAACUUCAUUGCAGAACUCACCCCAAGGCCUCGGGGGCCAGAUAGUAGCUCGAGCUCGACCACAGGCAUGUGGCAAAUUUUUGUAGAUAGAGCAUCAAACUCCUCGGGCUCGGGUGCAGGGGUCAUAAUCAUAAGCCCAGACAUGCUCAUAAACAUUCAGUGUGCAUUCAGGUUCGAAUUUGAAGCGACCAAUACUGAAGCAGAGUAUGAGGCCGUCAUCAUAGCUAUGGAACUCGCCAUCAAUCUUGAGCUUGAAAAUAUCAAAAUUUACAGUGAUUCUGAGUUGGUGGUUGGACAAAUUGAAGGGACAUUCGAUAGGAAGGAUGAGAAGAUGAGCUUAUACUGCUUGAAAGUGCAUGAUCUCCAGAGAAAGUUCAAGGGGUGUGAAAUUGUGAAGAUUACUUGGGCUGAGAAUUGUAAGGCCGAUGCCUUGUCAAGAUUGGUGUUCAUGGGAAUAGAUGGACUUGACAGGAUAGUCCACGUUAGAAUUGUAACAGAGCCAAGCAUCAAUCAGACCAUAGGCGUCAUGGAUAUUGAUGAUGAGCCAUCGUGGAUGGAUCCAAUAGUGGAUUUUAUAAAACAUGGCAAUCUUCCAGAAGAUCCUCGAGCAGCAAGAGGCAUCUGGUCCAAAGCCCUAAGGUAUUGCAUUAUUGAGGGAGUACUAUUUCGCAGAAGCCUCACACUUCCAUACCUCAGAUACCUUAAGCCUUCCGAAUCAUCCCAUGCCUUAGAAGAAGUUCAUGAGGGGGUAUGCGAGAACCAUCAAGGAGCUCGGGCAUUAGCCUUCAAGCUCAUAAGGUAUGGAUAUUAUUGA